AUGCGAGGGGAAUGGAACGGACUACAAGCAUUAUUUCUUAGAGAAUGUCCAUCUGCUUAUUAUGUUCAUUGCUUUGCUCAUCGACUACAAUUAGCUUUAGUUGCAGUAGCUAAGGAUGUACAUGAUGUGUGGCUAUUUUUUCAAUCAUUAAGUUCUAUUGUCAAUUUCAUUAGUGCUUCUGCUAAGCGCCAUUCUCAAUUAAAAUCAAUUCGAGAGAAUGAAAUUGAUAAUUUAAUAGCAGCAGGAGAAGUUCCAACUGGUACUGGGGCUAAUCAGGUUUGUACUUUGCAGCGUGCUGGAGCUACUCGUUGGAGUUCACAUUUUGCCUCUGUUAAAAGAUUUAUUGAGAUGUUUGGUUCUACUUGUACACUUUUUGAAAAUCUUAUUAAUGAGGGGUCGAACAAUAGUAUACGUGGAGAGGCUAAAGGUGCUUUGAAAGUUAUGAAAACAUUUGAUUUUGCAUUUAUCUUAUUGUUGAUGCAUGAAAUGUUAGAAAAAUCUGAUAUUUUGUGUCAAGCAUUGCAAAUGAAAGAUCAAGACAUUUUGAAUGCAAUGCAUUUUGUCUCAAGUACAAAGCUUCUUCUUCAAGAGAUGCGUGAUGAUCGGUGGGAAAGUUUUAUAUGGUAUGUGGUUGAAUUUUGUAGAAGUAAUGAUAUUGAUGUGCCUGAAUUAACUGAUCGUUAUAUGGAUGGUACAAGACGUUCUUGUCAACAGAAAAAUAAUAUUACAGUGGAAGACUACUAUCACUUUCAGAUAUUCAAUGCUGUAAUAGAUUUUCAGUUGAUGGAGUUGAAUAAUAGAUUUAUGGAGAAAACAACAGAACUUCUUAAGCUAUGCGAGGCUUUAAAUCCUACAGAUGGUUUCAAAUCAUUCUCUAUAGAUGCUAUUUGUGGUCUAGUCGAGGAAUUUUAUCCUUUGGAUUUUAAUAAAGAAGAGAUACCAGAUUUGAAAAGACAGUUGGAUCACUACAAGUUUGAUGUAAUUCGGAAUCCGCAAUUUCAGAAUCUUAAUUCUCUUCCUCAAUUAUGUCGGAUGUUGGUUGAAACGAAGAAAUCACAACAUUAUUUCUUGAUCGAUAGGUUAAUUCGUCUAGUGUUAACUCUUCCAGUUUCUAUAGCAACAACAGAACGAGCUUUUUCAGGGAUGAAACUAAUCAAAACAUCACUUCGCAACAAAAUGGAGAAUGAAUUUCUAGCAAACACCAUGAUUAUCUACAUUGAAAGAGAGAUUGCUUUUGGUAUUGAUACAAAGAUACUCAUUGACAAAUUUGAUCUUUUAGGGAAUCGCAGGUUGCGGCUUAAGUAA